AUGGAAAUUCCGUAUCAUGGAGCGCACAUGAACAAAAAGUUCGCAGAUCAAAAUUGCCCCGCGGGCGGCCAAGCCAGGCUUGUUCGCAGGCUUGUGCGAGGGCCGACCCAUCAUCAUAUCGGCCCCGGCCUUGGGGAGGCUUCAAGGUAAAAUCAGGCUUUUUUUAUCACAAAAGUCAUGUUUUUGCUUAUUUUUUCACUCAGCGUCCAAGAGAAACUAUGAUUGAACAAGUAAAAAUAUAUUUUUGGUGAAAAUUUUUUUAUUGAAAUUAAACGUUUUUUUUCCUAGGUUGGACCGGUUCAAGCCCGCGCAGGCUUUUUUUCAAAAACAAGGUCCAAAGCCCGGACCGGGCGGUGUUUUUGGGUUUCGGACUUCAUUUUUGAAAAUAAAAAGUCUGUCAUUUUUUUUUAUCGAGAAAUUAUUUCUACUUGCUAAUUCAUAAUUUAUGUUGAACUAUAAGUGAAGAAAAUAACUUUUGUCUUUAAAAAAACAUAAUAUUUGACUUGACCUUUUUUCCUAGAGGCCUCCCUAAGGCCCGGCCGAGCUUUGAAAAUGGCCAGUGGGCCAAUAGGCUAGAGGGCUCGCGCCCAAGCUUGGGCCAAGCUCGCUUAAUUUUAAAAGAUUUUUUACCCUAUUUCGAUUGGCCCCUCGUUUCUCAUCGCGAAGUGAAAAAAAAAGAGUUUUUUUGCAGCGGCAGUUACCGUAUGAAAGGCAAAAGGCGUGCGACCGCGGCCAUGGAACAACAGCGAGGCAAAUGGCCAAACGACUCAAAACUAAUGGUCUUUAUUGGAUCGCAAACUCUUUCGACGCAAGUUCUUUUCUUAUGAAUAAAAGAAUUGAGUACAGAAACAGGAUUACGAGACGGCUGAGAGAUUCACUGAUAUUUAGGGUCGAAGAAAAUCUUAGAGCGUCAAGCUCUGUUGCGAAAAAAAAAUAGCUCUCGAGAUAACAGUUAUGUUUCAAAAAGUACAAAAAUGUCCACUUUUCAAACAAAAAUGGGUAUUUUUCACGCCUGUUCAAGGUGGCUGGACGUAUUACGGUAGUUUUCUGAAGCGUGACUUCUUUGUUACCUCGAAAGAUUGGUUCUAAAAAUUACAAUAAAGAAAAAAAAAUCAAAAACUUUCUCAGCUCCGAAACAGUUGGGCCGCCUUAGUACUGUCUCAAACAUGCGAGAUAACUGUAAACCCUUUCUAAACUACCGUAAUACGACAGGCCAUCUUGUACAGAUAUUUUGUGUUGUUUGGAAAAGUCGCGAUUGUAUAGCUGAUUCACGACUUUCACGACUGGCGUGAACCAUCGAAAAAAGGGUCCUGACACGAUAAUAAAAGACAGUGCCUGACUGGAGGAGAGAGCAGACAGGCCCCGCCCACGUAGCGUCCCAAGCCAGCCGUGAAUCGGCCGUAGGAAGAAGAAUUCUGAAAAAAAAUACACGCGAGAACGUUCUGCAGCCUUCUGAUUGGUUUGCCACGCCCUUUGCUGGCUCCUUGUUUUCGAUCUGAGUGACUCAACUAAAAUUAUGGAUCGAUGAAGUUUGAUUUCUUGGCAAGCGGACAAUGAUUUUCUUCAAAAAUUUUCGUUGAAAUAAAGAUCUUGAUAAACGUCGAUGAUUAUACAUUUUACUUGGCUAUUUCGAUAGAUUUUUUUGAAAGAAAGCUUUUUAGGAGAUUUCGUUUUUUUCAUACUGAAUCCGAAUCUGCUCUUAGAAGUUGGCACAGAAGCUUUUGAAAAAAAAUUCGAUCCAUUCUAACGCCAGAUAAAAAUAUUUUUUUCAGCUGAGAUAUGAUAUUUCAAAGUUACAAAAUUUACAAAUUGACAUUAGAUUCUAAUUUAGAAAUCCCUGUGAAUCGACAUGAUUUCAGUUUUAUUCACAGUCACUUUUAGCGGAGACCGUGCCACUAUCGGAAGAACACUUAUACAGUGUUAGAAUAAGAGUAGCUAUUACUAUUUUCGAAAGAUUGUAGAGAAUGUACAAGUAGAAAAGAAUAGAAAUGCAAAAAGAUUUGAAGACGGUCUGCGGCAGCGGCUGGAGCGGAGGAGCGGCGGCGCGUGAUCUGCUCGGAAGGCGUCGGACGGGGGCGGAGAGACUCCUUGUUCAUCGAAUCGAUGCCUCCUCGAGCAAAAUAUUGCGAAAGCGGAUGCGAGAACGAUUGGAGAAAAGAAGCAGAGUUCUCGACAGUUUCGAAGUUUGAAGUCAGUUAACAAAAUAGAAAUGGCCGCCUUGUCUCAAGCUUCUACAGUAGUCUCAUAAACGUUUUCGAGGUUUUAGUGGAUCUGUACAGUUUUUUCUCAGGUUUCACAUCAUCUUUCUAUCUUCUGGGAAACUUUCUUGAUUGAUAGACAAAUAAAUAAACCAAAUAUUUCAAGUUUAUUGGAAAAGAGUUUUCUAGAUAGAAGUUAAAAUUUCUCUUCAUGCAAAUAUCGAAGGUUUUGAUGAUUAGCUGUGCACUCGGCCUGAAGAUGAAGCGCCACUGCGUCAUCGAAGUAUGAUGAUAUCAAUAGAGUGUAAGAAACUUCUGUUCAACUGAUGAGCAGAAAAAAAAAGCUCGACGGUUUUACUGCGUCACAAAAUCCCGCCGUUUUACGAUAAGUUUCCGCGUAUUCGGCAGUUUCCAUCAAGCCCAUGACAGGGUUUAAGAUAAUGAGAUUUCGUUUCGGUUUUGAAUACACAGAUGACCGAAAACGUUGGGUAUUGUCUGGGAAGCGAAUUGUCUUUUUCGGUUCUCAUGUGCGGAAGCGUAUUGUGCCGAAACGGACAAAAGGCGUCGCUUUUUCUAAAGACGCAGCUGUGUUUAUCGAAAUGCGCCUUACGGGGUCAGUUCUGACUGUUGCUUUUCUUACAAGUUCCGCCGCGAAACAUCUGGAAAGUCCACAUCUGGCCAGAAAAGUUUGAAUGAGAUCAGGUUCAACUUUCGCCAAAUAUCUUCUAUUUUAAACAUGCGGCUUUUUGUUGUCGUUGCAUGAAAAAGGAGAAACUUCCAGCUCCAUAAGUUUCUAAUCGGGGUUAUACUAUUUUCAAGAAAAAAAAAUCCGUGGAUGUUUUGGGGCACAGAAGCAUUGAAUAACCUUAUAUUGAUUAAAACAGCUUUUAGCCUUGACGGAUAUCGAUAGACAGUCUGUAGUCUUAUGAGUUUUCCAGCAAUGCUUAAAAACGAAAUACUUUGCGGUUUUCCACCGAGCAAUAUAAAUGAACAGAGUUCUUCCUUCUAGACUAAACAUUUUCGAGACUUGUACUGAUUCUUGUCACUGGUGAAAAGAGCUGAAUUUUUUUUUUUCGAACGUUUUAGAACCAUACUGGCUGAAAUCCCUAGAUUUAACGAUGAUUUAUUUGGGUGAUUCGGUGAGUUUGCUAAAUGCCAUCAAUAAGUCUCAAACGAAAUUCGAGUUUUUACAAAUACCAUAUCCUUAUAGAAACCGAAUAUGCGGACCCACAUUUUUAUCAAAAAAAGGCUAGAUUUUAUAGAAUUUGACUUUGAAAAUUUUUUUGUCGAUAGCAGUCUGUAUUCUUUUUUUCUCGUUCUUUCAAAGUACACAAAAAUUGAAGAAGGGCAAAGAAGUUUUGAAUUCACAUUUUCAACUUGAAAGAAGGCCGAAAGUUGUCGCCCCUUUCACACUUCGGCACCUUUCUUUGGCCGACGCGAAAAAUGGCGCGAAGCAGUCUGGGAGAAAAAAAAGCAGGAAAUAGGAUGAUAUUCAACUUUCGAGGCUCGGGGGCCGUGAGUCAGAGGUGAUCAGAAGCCUCAUUGGGAUGCGUGAUCUGCAUGAAUCAUCUUCGUCACCUGCACUCGGAAAGUUCCCUGCACGACUUGACCGGUGACUUUGCUGACAUUAAGAAUAAUGGGAAAGAAAGAUGCGUGAGGCUCUCGAAUCAAGAAAACUUUUGUGAAAAGAUAGUUCAUUUGAGUUGUUUUUGGAAGUUUCAGAGUCUUGCUCAAAAACUCUUCCAGUCUAGAUGGAAAUCGCUCAUUACUUGUUAAAAAGCUCUUUGGUUUGUAGAUAUGAAGGUUCCUAGUUUUUAUUUUUGUUUCGAUCAUAUCAAUUAACGAUGAGCAAACGUUUAAAAUUUUGCGCAGGUAGCAACUAUGAAGAAUUUUCAUUCAGACCUUCAGACCCUCAAGAGGGUUUGAAAAUAUUUUUAUAAAAAACAUACCCAAGCAGAAUCUGACAAUGUUCUUCUAAAGAAAGUCCAAUUCAACAGAUUUUCCCCUCCCCGUCCUCAAGGGUCGCAGUCGGUCUGGCGCUUCUGUUGUUGCGUAAUCGACGUGCAUUUGGCUCGUUAAGACGACGUCUGUCAUCAUUGCACAAGAAUAUUGAAAACACAGUAACCCCAAUGUAUGGGUCGUAUUUUUCGAGACGUAUUUUUUCACCCUGUUUUUAUUUCAGACCUGAACUUCUGUACAAACGUUGUUUCUAAAAACAGUCAUUUCUCACGGCGCUUUUCAAAAUAACUAAAAUCAUGAAGCGAAAAAUACUUGAUAAUCAAACGGUUUUUUGUUUCUUGUAAUUUAAACGACUGCGGUUGAGGUGAGAAAAAGAUCAGCGAAACUUGCCCGGGGCAACAUUAAUUUGGUCGAAUCGCUGCGCUUUUCUGAUUCCCUGAAGCUUCUUGGUUCUUUUUAUAUUGAAACCAAAUCAAAUAAAAAUAAGAUAUUCAAAUUCUUGUAUUUAAUGUCCCCGAUUGCAUAGAUAGUUAUUGAAUAAAUAUAUUUCAAAUCACGGAAAUCUCAUAAAUAAUAUCUUGAGCUGAAUAAAAUUAACGCGUUAUCUAUAACAACACUAACUUCAAAGCUCAAUUCUUGGAGCUUGAUCAAUUUAUAAUAUGCUCAUCACCAAACUUAACAAUGAAUAUAACUACGAGCUCGAAUUUAUUAAAGAUUCAAAUAAAAAAAUAUAUCAAGGGAACAUUAUAGAAUCUCUAACUGCUGCUCAAGAUCAGAAGAUUUCCUUGAACUAAUAAGAAUUUCAGGGAUUCCUUUCAAAGUAAUGACUAGGACAUCGAAAAUCUGACCAAGGCUGUCAAAAUAGAAUCAAUUGCAAGAAUAACUUCCAAAUCUCAUAGUUAUGUCAUUAUGAAGACCAUCGAGCAAAUACUUCAACCAAAUUCGUUGUCUCGAAGAAUAAAUAAAUUGUUCUUUUCCAUCCCAAUUCUGUUUUCCUCAGUCUCUCACCACAGAUCACUUCGCCCAUAUAUAUUCCAUAACACCUUUUUCUUGCAUCUCUGACCAAUCAUCUUUUUCUUUCCUUUUUAUACUUCUUUUCUUCCUUCAUAGUAUUUCUCUCAUUUCAAAUGGAUGGGCCUAAUUACUGGACGGCAUUCAAAUCGUUACACCUCCUGAUGAAAAGAUUUUCAGACAAACUUUAAUGAGCUAUUUUGAAGACAUAGACUGACAUCACAUGCAAAAAAUGUUUAAUUUGACUUUUUUUUUACGGCGAGGACAGCCUCGAGUCUUUCAGGGAUCACGUUGACCACUGGUCCCAGGUAUUUCAUCGUGCUCUAAGUCUUCAGAGAGCUUAACCUUUAAAAAUGACUCAAGUCAGUCUUAGUCUGCAGUCUGGCCAAAAACAAAGCCGAAAAAAACGCAUGACAGACACAUUUUUCCUUGUUUGUGUUUAUUUAUACAUAAAUAUUGCACGCGCAACAUUUUUUAGCAAUCUGAUCAUCAAUCAAUCAAUAUUUAUUGGUUGUUUUAGUCAGAUGGAAUCGACUAGGCGGUGAAAAAAUUGCUCUUUUGAGCGGCACUAACACCGCCUUUGGCGAGAAAGAAGUCAAAACAUGUAGUCGAUUGAAUUGAAAGCAUGAUCUUACGGUCCUUCGCCUCGUUCUUCCACAAGUAGAUCCCUCGGUUUCGCGUGUACGGGCACGGCGGGGAUGGUAGGGCUCGGGCACGGACGCCGUGUACACUCUAGGGUAGCCUCGGCCGAUUGAGAGAGCUACCACUUCGAGUGAAGAAAAUACACGGAGUACACGGAACCUUUUAAUCAAAUGCAGGAUUUUUUCGAGGACCUAGAAUUAAACUAGAAAAUCGUUUGAUACUUCAAAAGAGUGUCUAGGGGAUUAUCGGCUUUUACCUUGGCUCCACAAUCGACUUCAACUGGCGAUACCUGCUUUUUUAUACCAAGGCGGCCAUCAACUUCGUGGAGUGAAUCGAUUUGCAUACGAUCGAUCCCCAUUUCUUUUGUUUCUAAGAGCCUUGUGCAAGUACACAGGCCUUUUGAAUAAUGUGAACCUCUCUGACUUCAAAAAAAGACACCUCAAAAAAAGUCGAUUCAUAUGAAUUCUGCGCCUUAAGGUUUGGUUGCAACAGUUUUUAAAUAUCUUCUCGAACGAGACAAAAAAAUAAAUUAUGCAGAUUGGUCUCCGCCUGAGCCAUUUUUUUGAAACUGAAGAGACUUCGUAAUAAAAUGUUUCCGAACGCUCGCUUUUUUGAAAAUAUUCCAUCAAAAUGAUCUCGGGGCUCCCAAAAUUUUGACUGCAAGUUUGAGCUUCUUUAAAUGCAUUCGAUUUGACGAAGGCAUUUGCUCUUUUUUUCCGGCCUCUUCGAUUUGAUAAAAAAAGACAUUGAUUGGCUGAUUUCCUUCAGCUAUAGUAGAAGCUCCUCCGAACUUCAUCCGACAGCCUCAACCGACGGUCAGCGGAAUGCCCCGAGGCGAGGAACGCGGCGGAAGCGGCAAAAUGUUUGUUGAAGCCCAGGAAAAACAGCGGCCGACAAGUCUCGACUCAAACUCGGCUGGCGUCUCUCGCCUUGCGGCGCUAUUUCCCGUCCUCCGUGUACAGAUAGGCACUCGCCGGUUGUUCUUCGGGGGGCCGAUUCAUCGAUUUUUCCUGCAAACGCGGCGCACUUGUCGUCCGAGCUGAUCCCGUCAGUUUGACCUUCUGAUAGGAUCAGUCCUGUCAUUCUAUUUUGACAUUUGAAACUCUUCUUUCAUUUUCUCGCUCAAAUUGUUAAAAGAAACGAAUCGGACCAAACUUCGAAAAGAAAAAGUGAUUAUCCAAAACAGAUACCUUGAAGUUUUUGAGCAGUGUAAAAGGUAUUAGGAAGUUAUUUUUAACCGUAAGAAAGUUAGAAUGGACACAAGAACUGAAUCUUCCUCCACAAAAGUGCUUAAUUUAGAUUGCUGUUUAUAAAUUUUUUGCAAUUUCGCUCAGUCUUGCUGCAAUUUUGAAUGUGAAUCCGUCCCAAUUUCCGGUGUUAGUUUUGGCGAUAGAGAUUCUCAAAGUUGAUCCUUACUUGCCAACGAUACCACCUACUAACUACAUUUUUUCGGGAUGCGACUCUGAGAGUUUUAGUGACCUUCAUUUUCAGCUCUUUCUUUCAGUUUUUUUCUCAUCAUCUGAUUUAAAGUCAGAUUUCUCGUAUCUCUGCAGAAUUCUGUUCAUUUGGUCUUUUCCUCGAGUUCCGAUUGAGCAAUAUUUUCAUGCAAAACUGUUCCUUUCAAAAGGACACUUGUUUUAUCAAUGGAGGUUUUAAAGUAUUUUAGGGCCGUUGAAUAAAUAGGUGUUGACUCAGUUCUUUCUGUCUCUUUCGAAUAGAUAACUUCCCCAUCGGCAUGUUAUUGACUACUUUCGUAAUUAACAGAGUGCAGUUUUUAAUGAAUUAGGGCAUUUUCUUAGAAUCCCUGGGAGUUAUUGGAAGUUGUGAAAAUUAAUGAGUUCCUCUUAUACUCUAUUCAAUUUGGUUCUUUUUUCAACAUUUCUACCGAGUACAUAACUUUUCUAAUUGCGUUUCUAUUUUCGAUUGAAAGGCCUGACAUAUAUUUAAAAAUAUAAAGGGAUAUAAGCUUGAAAUUGAUUUUUCUUUUUUUCUCAAAAAGCCGUUCUUUGUUGAUUCUAAAGGGACCAAAGGAGGCUCUAAUUUUUCAAUUAUAUUUUAAUCAAAAAGAAGAAAUAUUCACUUUUUGGUGUUGCUUUAAUCGAUAUUGUUGCGAUGUUGCGAAUUUGAACGCGAUUAUGCAAAAAAAAAUUGGCGUUUAACCAGUCACACAGUCUUCCAUAUGAUUUUGCUGUAGGGCGGAUGGAAACGAAACGGCGAUCGGCAGAGGAAGAACAAGAAUUGGACAGAAAGAUCGCCCUCAUUCGGGAAAAGAACCUAAAAAUCGAGCAGCGGACCAAGGUUGUCAUUUUUUCUCGAGGGCGGUCAUGAUUUUUGAAGAAUUCAGGAGAUAGCAGAAGACCGUGCCAGAAACGAAGACAGUCCAAGCAAAACUCCAAAGGUAAACUGCGGCCAAAUCCAAAAGUAGCCUCGAAGAAAAGAUUUCAGUCUGCGCAAGACUCGCAGCCGAAGCGGAAGUCAUCGCAGGAGAACGGCAAGUGGGACAGGGAAUGGGACCACGGAAAGACUCCGUCAGUCGUUCAAACUGGGGAUCUAACCUGUUUGAGACUUCAGAGCGGAGACAUGGCGUGAGAAUGUCCCACCGAUGGACCUGAAGAACAGACUGGCCGGCCGCGGCGGAGCCCUCGGAGCCUCUGGAGGAGCUCAUCGCGGACGCGGAGCCCAGCGAGGUGGAGCUCCGAAGGAGCAUCGGGAGCCUCGGGAAGGACGACACAACGGGAACAACUCACCAAAGGUUGGGUUUGGGAUAUCAAGCCAGAUUUCAGCGUAGAAUCCAGGAAAAAAUUCGAUGAGCCUCUGGAAAAAGAAAGAUCCUCAUCGUUUAAAACUAUGAAAAAAUCUAGCUAUACUAAUUUCGUCAAAACUUGAAAAAUGCUGACUUUUCUACGUAUUUUUUUGCUCGCUUUUCAAACUUGCGAAUUUUGAGAAAAAUUGAUUAUAAUUUUUUUAGUUAUCAAAUCAAUUAAAAAUCUAUUCUCGUGGUGACUCAACGUUUAAAAAAAUUGCUAAUGAUUUCAUUUUGACUCCACUGAUUUUAUUUUUGGUUACAAUAGUGAUUCGAGAUUGUUGUGAAUUGUUGUUUUGUGAAAGCUAAAGGAUUCUAUUUUUCUAUAAUCGAGAGUAAACGAAGCUGAACAGAUGUGGUAAAAAAAUAGGAUCAGCUGAAAUUUUUUUUCAAUUUUUAAUUUAUUUUUCAAAACGAGGAUGAACUGAACUACAAUGAAAUACAGGAUAUAAUGAAAUGGAAUAUUUAAAAGAGCGUGAAAAUUCAACCGGAGAAAAAACUUCCGGUGGGAAAUAAAUGUCGAAAGUCUUGCCAUAGUUGGCAAAAAAUGUUUUGAAAUUGUGCUCCACGGUCGUACCUUUCAAGCGAGACCCUGGCGCCGUCUUUUCGAAAAUUUAAAUAUAUAAACUUCUGAAUAAUCAACAAGUUGUCCGUGGAGCACUCAUUCAAAUCAUAUUUUGCCAACUAACGGCUGGAUUUUUGUAGCCGCUUACUCUAAGGCUGAGAGUCUAAGCUGACCCAACCAUUUUCAAGCGUGCCGAUUUAGCGAACAUUGAAUCAUAUACCCGGUAGAACCGUUGAUUUCAGCUUCCGGCAAACUUGGAAGGUCGCGUUACAAUGCCCACGACUGGUGUCAACGGCCGAUCUCAGCCUCGACAAAAUCGCGGCGGUCGAAGAAACGGUGGAACUCAGAGAGAAGUGGCUGUUCGUGGCGAGAAGGUCGUCGUCAGUCUCCGGACCUCGGCCGAAGGAGAAAAACCGGAAAAAACGAAGCCACACAAGGGAGCCGCCGUUCCUGGCAAGGAAUCCAAGGUUUUUAGCUUAACUGUGUCGGAUAAAUGGUAUUUUUGUUGAGGAGAAUCCGAGAAACGGAAAACCGCGUCCUCGAAGGGAAAGCGACGGAUAUGCGGUGAAAAAAGUCGUCCGACGACUCAUCGAUGACGUCUGCAAAAUGGAGAAACAACUCAAACGAAGAGAGAGACAAAACCUCAUCGUCGAGGAUGCAGAAGAAGAAAAAGAUCAAGAUGCGGCGCAGAAACCAUCUGAAGUUGUGGAGGAGAAGACGUCAGUUCUGGCGGAACAAAAACCGACAGAGGAAUCGAAAGUGGAAGAUCAGGCGGUUGAGAACGGAGCAAAAGAAGAAGAAGAGGUGAAGAAAACGGAGGCCGACGCCAACCAGAACGUCAUCACACUCGUUCCCGAAAAAGUCGCUAUCCUUGAACUUUCCUCUGCUUGA